GGAUAUCCGCCCUGAGGCCGUGAGAAAUAAAUUGUUCCGCUAUCUGGGAUCCUUGGGAUGUCCCUACCCUUUUAUUAAACUAGAAGUCUACUAAGGGUUCGGUGGUGCUGGACUUUGUGUUGGACCAUGUGAAGCUGGCAGAGACAGACUUCUUCGGGCUGCGCUACUGUGACCGCAGCCACCAGACCCGUACAUCCUUACAGAAUGACGACUCAACAAAGGGAAGCAUCAGGGAGUGUUUUUGGGGGGGGAGGUGAUGUUGGGUCUGGGUGUUGGAGCCGUAGCUACCUGGGAGGCCUCAGCCGGUGUGGAGGCUCCCAUGCCUCAGCGGAUUCAAUAAGCUCCCAUGCCUCAGCGGGUUCAAUAAGCUCCCAUGCCUAAGCGGGUUCAAUAAGCUCCCAUACCUAAGCGGGUUCAAUAAGCUCCCAUGCCUCAGCGGGUUCAAUAAGCUCCCAUGCCUCAGCGGGUUCAAUAAGCUCCCAUGCCUCAGCGGGUUCAAUAAGCUCCCAUGCCUCAGCGGGUUCAAUAAGCUCCCAUGCCUCAGUGGGUUCAAUAAGCUCCCAUGCCUCAGCGGGUUCAAUAAGCUCCCAUGCCUAAGGUGGAUGAACAGGUUCCUGUGCCUCAACCAAGGCAACCGGGGAGGUCUCAGCCGGCUCAUCAGGCUCUCACUCCUCAGCCGGUUCAUCAGGUUUCUGCACCUCGGCAGAGGCUUACCGGUCCUAUCAUCCCUGUGGUUGGUGUCCUGUGGCUGGAGCCGAGUGCACCGGGGAGGGGGUACUGUCACGUAUGCUCUCUCUCCGGCACUCUAGGUCGUCAUGCUCCCGCGCCUCAGCGGAGGUAACCAGUCCACUCCUGAGCCCCGGGAUCGUCGUCCUGCGGCUAGGGUCGCACGUUUGGGAGUAUUGGCUAGACCCCUCGAAAACCCUUUCAGAACACAAAGAUUUAAUAACAAAAGGGCCUCCAUACACACUCUAUUUUGGGGUCAAGUUUUACGCUGAGAAUCCCUGCAAGCUAAAAGAAGAAAUAACAAGAUAUCAGUUCUUCCUGCAGGUGAAGCAGGACGUACUACAGGGCAGAAUCCCCUGUCCCCUUGACAUCAGCGCCCAGCUGGCUGCUCUGGCCAUACAGUCCGAGCUUGGCGACUACGACCCGUACAAACAUGUGUCGGGGUACGUGUCCGAGUAUCGCUUUGUCCCGGACCAGAAAGAGGAACUGGAGCACGCCAUCGAGAGGAUCCACAAAACUGUAAUGGGCCAGGUUGCCUCCCAGGCUGAACUCAGUUAUUUAGGAAUCGCCAAAACACUGGAUAUGUACGGAGUCGAUCUUCACCCUGUGUUUGGUGAGAAUCAAUCUGAAUACUUCCUGGGGUUAACACCUAUUGGAGUUGUUGUUUACAAGAACAAAACACAAGUUGGGAAGUAUUUCUGGCCAAGGAUAACAAAAGUGCAUUUUAAGGAAACACAGUUUGAGCUUCAAGUCGUUGGAAAAGAUUGCACAGAGACGUCGUUCUUCUUCAAGGCACCCAAUAAGACAGCCUGUAAACAUCUGUGGAAGUGCUGCAUAGAACACCACACUUUCUUCAGAAUGCCAGAAAAUGAUGGCAACACACUGACAAGAAAACUAUCCAAAUUUGGUUCCCUGGGAUCUAAGCAUCGGUACAGUGGAAAGACUGCUAUGCAGAUGGGCAGGGAUCCGUCUGUCGGUCUGCCUCGACCAGACCUGCAGGUGGUCAGGACCCGCAGCAAGACCUACUCCAAGAGACCAUCACAGACCACAGGACUGAACAAUGUGAAUCGGUCCAACACAAAGACGGAGAAUGAAGAAAAAGAGGGAACGACUAAGAUUACAGCACAGUCAGCUUUGAAGAGCUCCAUAGUAACCAAGACAGAGAAUGGUGAUCCAGAGGAACAGCGAGGGAAGCCCAGUGCACCAUGGGAUGAGAAUGCCCCACAAUGUGGACUGUACAACACAGCAAACCAGCGAACCAAGUCGCCCAAAUUUCUCAAAGCACGUGGUCGCACCCCUUCAGGAGGCAGCGCAAAGGAAACUUCCCAGAACCCACGCUGGAAAGGCCAGGCCAGUGAUCCAACAGAUCCCCCAAACCAGAACGAUCAGCUAAGGAGGUCACGCUCUCGUGGCAACACCAGUAGUGGCAGCGAGUCCGAGAACUCCACCCGGGAGCAUCGUAAAAAGAGGAACCGGUCUCGUCAGGAGAAUGAGAUGGUGGACUCUGGUCCUCAGUGGGAAGCUGUGGUCUGUCGUCAAAAAGAGAGGUCUCAGAACGACCCAAACCAUCGCCGCUCACGACACCGUUCACGAUCGCGGAGUCCAGAUGUGCAGGCUAAAGAACAGCUGUGGAAGCACAUCCAGACGGAGCUGGUGGACCCUGCUCCUGAUCUAACAGAGGAUCAGCUGAAGGAGAUCCCCUACAAGAAAGUGGAAACCCAAGGAGACCCAAUCAAAAUCCGGCACUCUCAUUCCCCCCGGAGUUUCCAUCAGUACCGACGCUCCCAGUGUUCCGAAGGGGAGAGGUCCGUGCUCUCUGAGGUCAACACCCGGACAGACCUUCUUCCCCCCUUACCUGUGACACGCACAGCCGACAUCCCAGGUUCCAGCUCCACCUCCUCUCAGAAGAAGCAAGGCUCUAAAGACACGCUGCUGUCAGAGAUCAUAGAGCCUGACGUGAGGAGCAACGCCAAGGUGGUGAAGACGGUCCAUACUCCCCGAACCAAGGUCGAGACGUGACCUGACAGAAACGCAACCACCACAGCAGAAACAAUGCCACAAUCUCUCACCAACAGAAAACAUGUCAAGAAAAGCCUGAUUUGUGGAAAGAAAGAAAAAUGAACUUGUGAAAUACAACAACGGUGGCUGUGUAGAGUACACUGGUUGUGCUCUACACCAGUAACCAACCCCACCUUGGAGUACUGCUCUGUGUAUGUACAGUAUGUGUUAGAUAAUGCAUGGAAACCCCUUUAAGAGGACAGAAAGGACACUUUUCAAAGUGUUUGUGCCAGUGUAGUCUGCUGUCUUUUGACCACACCGACACCAGUAAUCCUGUACAGUGUCUUCAUUUUAGAGAGCAUUUAAGCUUUAAGGCGCUUUUGAGUAAGCCUGGUCCCAGAUAUAUUUGUUCUGUAUAACCAACUCCACAACGACCAUAGGCUAUACAGCACAAACAGAUCUGGGCCCACAGUACUCCUGAGUGGGUGAGAUAUACUGUACAAUUGUACUCAAUUGUUGUAAUCCGGAUGAGACCGGAUUGUGUAGCGAUCACUGCACAGUGAGGUCUGAGAUCAAUCAUGUUUUACAAUGCAUUUGCCUCCAAAUUGAUUUGACUUGCGUUAUUAUUAUACAAUAUGCAGUAUUAAAACAUAGUGUUUCACUCAUACAUGUUGAGUUCCCAUGAGGACACAAAGUUUGCAUCUGAAAUGGCACCCUAUUCCCUGCAUCGUGCACUACUUUUAAACAGACCCUUAUGGACCCUGGUCAAAAGUAUUACACUGGGGAUAGAGUGUCAUUUGUGAUGCAGACUGGGUUAUUAUGUUACUGUAUUGUCAGGUGUGUUUACUGUAAGAACUUCUGUACCGUAGGAAACUUUGCUGCUGGACCCCAACAUUGUUUUGCACAUUAAUAAUGAAUAUUUGGGGGGGGGGGGGGGGUUAUCAUCAAUUACAAUAAUGAAUAAUGAGUAGCCCACACUGUACAGUAGUUGAACUGGAAAUUCAUCCUUGUCAAUAAAUACAUUCAAUAUGUCUAAAAUGUU